CUUGCGAUUCAUCAUUGACCUACAACUAAACUGAACAUAGCAUCCUGGGCUGUCACAAUUAUCAAACGCCUGGUCUUACCAUAUGCAGAUAAAAUAUCGUUGCGCGUGUUUAACAUAAGCAGGAAUUCAUAUUUUAAUAAACUGUCAAUGAGAGAUGGGUCGUUCCUGGCGAUUAUUUUCAAAAAUAUAUUCAGCUGUGUUUGCUGUCUUGAACACACCCCAAUAAUGGCUGCACAGGAGCCGUCUCCACCAUCUUCCCUGGAAGGGAACAAACCGGGCUUCCCAAAGAAAAUUUUGGCCAACAACCUAGAAGACAAGCAUUUUUGCAAUGCGUGCCAGAAAGUUUUGAGGAGACCGUUACAAGCUCAGUGUGGUCACCGCUUUUGUUACUUCUGUUUCAACAAAAUUGUGAGUUCUGGACCACAGAAAUGCAGUGCUUGCAUUAAAGAAGACUUAUUUGAGGAACCCACCUCCAUUCUAAAGCAAGGAGGCGCUUUCCCUGACAAUGCAGCUCGGCGAGAAGUGGAGGCCUUGGCAGCUGUCUGUCCCAAUGAAGGAUGCACGUGGAUGGGAACCAUUAAAGAAUUUGAGGCCAACCAUGAGGGUAACUGUGACUUCAUGAUCAUCUUGUGUCCCUCCUGCAAAGAGCUGAUGAGAGCCAAUGAGCAGGAGCGCCACAACGAGAGAGAAUGUCCAGAGAGGACCCUCAACUGCAAAUACUGCAAAGAACCCUUCCUGUUAAAGAACAUCAAGGCUCAUGAUGAGAUCUGUCCAAAGUACCCGAUGAUUUGUGAAGGUUGUGCAAAGAAAAAGAUUCCUAGAGAGAAGUAUGUGGACCAUAUUAAGUUCUGCAGUAAAUUUAAAGCACCAUGCAGAUUUCAUGUUGUUGGCUGCAAUACAUCUGUGGAGAAAGAGAGGAUCCAUGACCAUGAGCGACAGUGUUCUUAUGAACACCUCAACUUGCUGCUGCAUUUCAUCAUGGGCAUCAAGGUGAGCCUGGAGAGCCUUCAGCCCCAGAGCCUGGAAGCAGCCAGCCAUAAGCUGCAAGAACUCCACCAGUCCCUCAGGGACCUGGAGGUGAAGAUGAGCCAGUUGGGUGGGGGUGGUGCGGUUUCCAUGCAGGGUGCAUAUGCCCCGACUCUGACCACCUCCUUCACCCCACUGCCCAGCGCCAUGGGUGCUGCCCUGGAGCUGCAGCUCCAGAGUGAAAAAACAAAGGUGGCUGAGCUGAGCCAACGCUGCCAGGAGCUGGAGCUCAAAGUGAGCACAUUUGAGAAUAUUGUCUGCGUUCUCAACAGAGAGAUGGAGCGCUCCUGCACCACCAUGGAGGCUUAUAACCGCCAACACCGACUGGACCAGGACAAGAUUGAGAUCCUCAACAACAAGGUUCGUCAACUUGAGAGGACGGUGAGUCUGAGGGACCUGUCUAUUGUGGAGAUGGAGGGUAAAAUGAGGGAGAUGUCUGCAGCCACAUAUGACGGCAUCUUUGUCUGGAAGAUCUCAGAUUUCACCAAGAAGAGGCAGGAUGCUGUGGCCGGCCGAGCCCCUGCGAUGUUCUCUCCUGCUUUUUAUACCAGUAAGUACGGCUACAAGAUGUGCCUGCGAAUCUAUCUGAAUGGUGACGGGACAGGCCGCGGCACCCACCUGUCUCUGUUCUUUGUGGUGAUGAGAGGACACAGUGACGCACUCCUCAAAUGGCCUUUUAAUCAGAAGGUCACCCUCAUGCUGCUCGACCAGAACAACAGGGAGCACAUCAUUGAUGCCUUCAGGCCCGACAUCUCCUCCUCAUCCUUCCAGAGGCCUGUCAGUGAUAUGAACAUCGCCAGUGGUUGCCCACUCUUCUGUCCACUCUCCAAGCUGGACUCUAAGAACUCCUACAUACGAGAUGACACCAUUUUCAUCAAGGCCAUUGUAGACCUCACUGGGCUCUAGGUAAAGGAUGAGGGCAUAAAUCCAAACUUGCCUUUUGUUGCUACUAAUCUGUUUGAAUCAACAGGCUUUUGUAUCACCAGUAACCUGCAUUUGUCUUUGGGAUCUCUCUAGUUCCUUUGGUUUUGAUACGGAUUGUUGGUACCAGCAUGCAAGACCAGAACAGGAAGGUAACCAAUUUUUUGGCCACUGGCCACAGUGGCCGGUGGUCUUUAUAAAUCUUCAUAAACCACUGUAACUAGUUUACCUAUCAAACCUAGUUUUUAUUGGACAAAAAACUGAGUAUCUACCAAAGUGACUGGGAUAGUGAUCAUAGUAUAUAUGUUAGUAUUUGGCUGGUCACAGGUGUUAAUUUCCCACCCUGCAAAUGGUAUUUGAACUGAUAGAUGCAUUCUAAGACUUGUCUAGAAAAUAAUGCUUGUGAAGGAGACAACUGAGGGCCUGUGUCCACACAGCGUUUUUUUUUUCUUUUUUUUUCUCAGUGCCAAGGUCUUUUUUAAAUUGUUCCCAAUGAGGAGAGGGUGUAAGUGGCUGCAAGGUGGCGCCUAGAGAAAAAGUGUUGUGCUCAGCAUCUUUUUCAGAGCGCUUUGCUUUUUUUGUGCGGCUGCUCCAGUUGCUUCUAGAUAAAAAUCUCUUAACUUUACAGAAAUGCAUGGGUGAUGUCACUGCUGCACUUGUAGCUAGGCUACUGUCACAGCAAAGACAGAAAAGCCCAUUUGUGGGAGCAGAUCGAGAAGUUGACACUGAAUGUUGCUGGUGAGUGUUGUGCAUUUAUCACGUACCUUUGUAAGCUUGUUUUUAACUGUGUAAUCAACCCCCUGUUAUUGUAAUGUUGCAUUAGCUACCUAGCUAACGUUAAUGUCAAGAUAUUGUUGCCAUAGAAACAAAUCCACCCAAGUGUGUCACUAAUAAAAAAGUGCUCACUGGGAUGAAACACUCUCCAGUGACCUGCCACCAAUUUUCUGCAGAAGAAAAAAAUGCUGUGUGGACACAGGCCCUGAGCUGACAUUGUCCCAAAUCUCCCAUCAUGAUCCUAUUGUGACUUGUACCAUGGAUGAGGCUCCUCAUGUUCAGUUUGUCACCUGAGUUACACAGGAAUUAUAUGUCCAUUCACAUUCAAAGUGUUUUCUGCAUCAAGUAAAUGAGGUCUUCUAGUGACAAAAACAGUUCUUAUGCUAGCUGCUGUCUUAAGCUCCAAAAUCAUUGAUAACUAGUAGCUAGCAUAACUACCAUAACUUUGAUUAUUAAUUAGAGCUGCAUUAAUCAACAAGCUAGAAAUGCUAAUGUUUGACAUAUGGCCUUGAGAAGUUGAUUUGGCUAACAUGUUAGUAAACUUACUCCAUUACACAUUCAGCAGACAGAGUAACAUUAAGCCUUAAUAGGAGUCAUGUCUAUGGCAACCUGAUGAAUGUAAGUCCAACAUUCUCUCCUUUAAGCUCUGUUUUUGGUCUAAACCAACUCUUGAGGAAAAAAGAAUCUGUCUCUUUAGCUGCCAUAUGUUUCACUAUGUUCACCAGCUAGUCUCUAAUUGGACCAGUCUGAAGUGUACAGUGGGGAAAAGCUGCAGGAUACUGCUGAUAACAAGCCUGAUGAGAGUGCUGAACCAAACUAGUCAAAUCUAAAUAGUGAAAAGACACUAAAGAGUGCAUAGAGCUGAGGGGAUAUUGGGAUAUAUUUCUGUGUGGAUAUGUCACUGUGAGUGACCCCUUUCAUACUACAUAGUCAUUUGGCUUACUGAUUAUACAAAAAUAUUGAUAGUGCAGCUGUUGAACUAUGGAGUACUUGUGAUGCAAACAGUAUUUUUGUUAUCUGAUUUUCACCUGGGUUUUUGUAUUGUAUUUUUGUAUUGUUAAAGUCUGAAAUUUCAAUCGCCAAUAAAUUUCCAGAUUUUGUUUUAAAAUGAAAAACUGAAAAAAAUGGGCCUUGGAUCAGUGACACUGCUGCUAUGUAGAUGAAAAGCCUACAAACACGGAUAGAUCAAGCAGGUCUAGGUGCUUGUGUUCACUGUUGGCGUUUAAUGCUUGACAAUUGGUUGACCUAAUAUUUGUUUGAAUUUUUCAUUUACAAUCUGGGGCCUAUUGCACAAAACUAGGAUAAGGGGUUAAGCCGGGAUAUCUUGGUUAUUCUGGCUCAAUUUAUCUGUGAUCUGGUUGCACAAAAGCGGGAUAGUGGACAGUGGGAUAUGUUAUGACAUAAGUUACCAUGGAGAUUUAUUCUGUGGAGCUAGCCUGCUCCAGACCAGGCUAAGUUCCAGGAUCUAUGUAAUCCCAUCCCUUAUCUCAGUCAGCAGUCACCACAAACAGAAACCAAUAGUUAUUCCACUACCUACUGCACAUUGUUAUCACAUUCAACCAGACCCACUGUGAUUAUUUAAACAUUUGUGAUCAUUAAUUGCAAUCAUUUUAGAUAAAUGAUGAUUUUAGAUGAUUUUGCAAUCAUAAGAUAAUUUACAGUUUCCCAUAGACUAUAUAUAAAAUACACAUCCCAUAUAAAUAUAAAUACACAUCAAAGAGUAACAUGAUGUUCCUUUAUUGAAUAAGGAUAAAUCAAAGCAAGUAAACCAUCAGCUCCUUUCAAAACUGAAGUCACACAGUGACUCUACAAGAGAGAAAGCACGGAAUCAAAGCAUAUUAUACACCACAAGAAUAAAUACACAUUCAAAGGUCUGUAUAUGAUACACCCCGCGUGUCUGCACACUGAAAUAAAUGCAGGACACAUCCAUACACAACAAAUGAACAGACAAAUGAAUGGAUGCAGUAGCCUCCCUGCAAGUUUAUAUACACACAAUAUACAGCACAAAAAACGAAAAAAAGAGGCCAAAUCAAUUUAAAUUGAAUAAAAAAAAACACACAAAUUCCUCUGCCAAUGCAGGCCAUAUUUAACUGAAAUUCACAGCAUGCGUCUCUGCCACUGCAGGACAUAUUUAACUUAAAUUUAAAGUAUGCAUGUUAACUAAAAUAAUUUAACACAUAUUGGUCCCUGACCAGCCAACCACUGUCGUCAUCAGGGAAGAUGGCAGGAUUGUCCCAGUCCAUGUGUGAUGGGGUCCCUCUCAUUCCUCAGGCAGGCCACAUUGUGGAGGACAGCACAGGCCACAGUGAUGUCACAUGCCCUCAAAGGGCUGACCCUUAAGUGGUGAAGACAGUGAAAGUGUGCCUUCAGGAGGCCAAAGGUCAUUUCGAUCCUGGCCCUUGUCCUGGCAUGGGCAUGAUUAUAGGCCUGCUGUGCUUCCUGAGGGUCUGUGUAUGGUGUGAGGAGAAAAGGCUGGCAGGCAUACCCCCUGUCCUCCAGCAACACACCAGAGAAUUCACCUGUCAAUACAAAAUCUCAUCAUCACAACCUCAUAAAUAGAGUGACAUUCUUGACACAGCCAUGAUGUGUGUUGGUGCUGGUGGCUCCAACAGUGUGACAGUGCUGUCAGAUAGUCCAAAUGGAUUCGAUAUGAAUGUAUGUCCCAUGUAGAGAUGGAAGAAUGUACCUUGUAUGAAGCGGGUGGCAUCUUGGGAGGGACAUAUGUUUGUGUCUGUCCCCCCAGGGAUCCCCUCCAGCACAGGCCUGCCUUUGUUUUGUGCCAAGGCUAUGUCCUCUGCUGGGGUGAGGUCAGCUGAUGGUGACCCACCACCCGUGCCUUGCUUGUGGGUUUGUUUUUUUUGACUGCUAAAACAGUACAGACAGUGUGUGAGCAGGCACCUUCUGGGUACAAUGUAUGCUUGUGCAUAGUUAAGUAUUAGUCAGGGCACUUACCAUUUUGCAGGAUGUUCUUGUAUUUAAUCUUGACUUGCUGCCAUGUCCGUUUUGGCCCAGUCAUGUUUAAUCUAUACACACACACAAAUAUAUAUAUAUAUAUAUAUAUAUAUAUAUAUAUAUAUGUAUAUAUAUAUAUAUUCUUCUGAUCAAUCAGCAUACACACGCACGCACGCACGCACGCACACACACACACACACACACAUGCACUCACAUACUCUUACACACACUUGCAUACAUAUAAUGAAACAGUAGAGGAGCAUGGAGAAUGAGGAGCAAACAUAAGAUAAGAUAAGAUAAGAUAAGAUAAGAUAAGAUAAGAGGAGCUUUAUUUAUCCCAAAGGGAAAUUCAAUUAAGUCAGUGAGCGCAUCUAUUUAUCAAAGAGAUAUACAGUCUGAUGGAGUUACAUUUACACAAUUUCACUCACAUCUGCAGUCAAUUUCACUUACAAUUUCAACUGAUUCAUAAUCAGAGUACAACUAUGUAUUCGGAGAUGUUAAUUAACUAUUUGGAUUGUAAUUGUGAUGGUUUCAGCGGAGCAGUGAGUGUGUACUUGUGCUCUACUUACGCAUUCAGGCGGUCUGCAAUACUUUGCCACGCUUUCUCUCGUUGUUUUAUAACUGCGGCGGUGUUGCCUUCCUUUUUGAUUUGAUCCUUUACCUCUUUGUAAGCCUCCAUGAGGAUUUCUGCCUCAGACGGGGAGAAGUACGCCACUCUUGUUGCCAUGGUGAAUCGGUGAAUCUGUGGUCGAUGGCGGGGUCUAUUUGAGGAAGCCACGUGCGUGCACUGAUCCAGGAUUGGUUUCACCUGGCUUGAUGAAUCCGUGUCUUGCUCAUCCUGGCUUGGUCUUUGUGCAACCAAUUAAGCCUGGACGCUCUUUUUUUGGAUUCAUUGAACUCAGCUCAGUCAUUUAUCCUGGAUGUCUGAAUCCUACUUUUGUGCAACGGGCCCCUGGAGUUCCAACAACAGAUUGAUGCUUGUGUAGCCUUCAGAGUAUCGCUGUCCUUUGCACAUAGUUUGUAGUGCAUUUGGACUCUUUUACUGUUUCUUAACAUCUAUGCCUCCAACUCUCAAGUCCUGCGUACAAUAGUUAUUAUUUGUGGUGGUGAACAUUGGCUGAAUUCCAUGAAUUCUGUGUGUGUGUGUGUGUGUGUGUGUGUGUGUGUGUGUGUGUGUGUGUGUGUGUGUGUGCGCGCACUGUGCCAUUCCUUUGCUGUUAGCUGCAGUAUUAGUUUGCAUGUUGGAUCUGUGGAAGAUGCACCUUAGCUUGCAACACUUUCUUGGCUGGUUUCUUGGCUGGUUUGUCCAGGACAGCAAUGGUAGUCAAGCUGAUUUUCCCAAAUGGAAAUAUGGCAUAUUUUAUUGAAAAUAAAACCUAUAUUUGCAUACACAGUCUGAUAGAUCCAAUAAAAAUCUUUGGCUUUUUUUCCAGUACUUGUUGUCUACAUAUUUACUUAGGUUGUAAUCAGUUUCUUUGUAGCAAUUUAUUAUAUUUAAUAACUUGAAUAUACAAAUAUUGAAGAGGUCAAAAUUGAAUAUUAAGUAUAUCUAAGCAAUGAUUUUGUACAUAUCUACAGUAAUGGGAGGUAUAUGAAAAUAUGUUCACUGCUGUGUCUUCACAAAGGAUUCAUUCCUUUCUUUUUACAGUUUGUGGUGUUACUCUCCAGACUUAUUUGUAAAGGUCAAAGUGCAAAUAUUUUUGUGCUCCUUUAGUAAGAUCAUGGGGCUAUAAAAUGGUAGUGUGGUUUGGUUGAGAUUUUGGUUCAAGACCUGGGGCCAAAUUCACAAAGCUCCCUAGUGCUAAGAGUUGCUCCUAGUGAUGAAAUUCUAAGAAAAAGACUAGGUCCUUGUAAAGAUAAAAGUUAUUCACAAAGCAUCUUAGACCUUAAGUUGGCUCCUAAGGUGAAAAAAUGUUAGGAGUAGAAAGGAGAACUUUUAAGAAACUUAAGAGUUUCUUAUGCAGAGGAGAAAAUGGUGGAAACACAAAGAGGUAGGAGAAAUAGUCUCUAAACACAGAAUGACAGUGAAUAAAUUAAAUGCGACAGAUGAGAUUGUGCAGGGAGAAUAUUUGUGGACGAUUUAAUUAGGGAUAUGCAAACAUUUCCCACCCAACAAAAUAACGCUAUAACGCCAGAAAUAAAAUGAUCACAACACUAAUGUACUUUUAAAACUGGAAAAAUGCAACAGUGCAGCAGCGAUGACUUUUGUCUGUUUCAACCUUCCCUUAGCAGUGACCACACUAACAAUAACAACACUUACAGUCUCAUAUUGUGAUGCAGUUCAUUUAAUUUCCACUGGGUAUCCACACAGGCUCACAAAGCGGCAUGUCUGUGACAACCAAUGACAUCUGUUAAAAGAAUAUGUCAUACCUAGCAAUGGGGUCAGCCACACAACCCUACUAAAGUAAAACUUUCUGUCCCUUCCUUGCUCAGAGUUGCUCUGAGAACUUUACUAAAUCAGUCCUAAGCUAAUCCCCCCUACAAAAAGGUUUUAGGCGAAGAUCGGAGUGCUCUGAGAGUAUUCUCAGAAAGUUUGUGAAAGCCUGUAACUUCAAAACACUGCAAAAGAUCUAUCAACUGUAAGCCAUGAGUUACUCCUCACAAGAGCAUUUGUUACACUUUUUGUCACUUUUUUGUGACAUGCACUGAAUCAUGGCAUGAAUGGUAGACGUGUUUCUCUCUGUGAUCACAACCAGUCAUUUCAUUUGUAAAUAUAUCUAUAAGUUCAUCACCAUACUGCAUAUCAGCCUCUCCAUUUUAAUAGAAGUGCAUAGUUAGAAUUUGUCUGCUGUGUCUGGAUAUUGAAUGUGAAAUAUUACUAAAUGCACAAAGGAAUGUUCAACCCUUUGUGAAGACACUGAGGUAUAUUUCCAUAUGGGUGCAGCCUUUGGCUGUGCUUAGACACACAGACAUGUGGAGGCCUCAGCAUGGAGGCAGAGCUGAGGUAUUAAAAGAGGAAAUUGUUGCUAAUAUUGUAAAUUUUCCUAUUUUAAGCUUUCCUUACAGCUUUGAACUGACCUACUUUUUACAGAGAAAGUGCCUGGACCCUUUUUUGUGUUCCAUGAGACAGUUAGUUGUGGAUGUGCUUUCCUGUGAGUUUAAACCUACCAAAAUGUGAAAUAUCUGAUUUGUGCAGUGUGUUUUUAAUUUGUAUUUUACAUUUUUUAUUGUUGCCCUUUAUAACAAACCCCACCCCACCCCCUAAACCCCUUUAUGUAUUUAAAUCUAUGUGACUAAGAAUGUUUCCCUCUGGAUACAUAAACUAGUGAAUGUUGUUCAUUGCUGUUAUAUUUAGUGAGGUCAGAAUAUCAUUCACAUCAAGCUUUUGGCAUCUUCAUCCAAACACAUGUUUUUAAACUUCUCAACAAAUACUGAAAGCUCUCUGUGCAUGAGAUGUUUCAGUAGGAAAUAAUCCAUAUACCUAACACAGAUUCAUGUUGUAGACCAGCAUUUAAAUUUAUUUUAUUUUAUUAUCAAUAUAUACAGCAUUUGUGUGUCUGAUAUACUUUUGGUACAAACUUCAAAGGUGAUAUUGAGUUUGAUGAAGUGUGUGCUGCUGUGAAAAAAUUUAAACAUCUGAAUAAUAUAUAGAUCGUAUUUAUUGUAGAAAAAAGUUCUACUGUAUGUUGAGAAGGCAUUUAAAGGCAUGUUUUGGUUGGUUUGUGAAAAGAUGCAUCAGUAUGCUGCAGCUUUUGUUCCUAGCUCUUAGCAGUAACGGUCAACAUUUGCUUUCUUGUUAUUACAUAAACAUGUGUCCUCCUUUCUUCCCUCUUUGGAAUAUGUUGUUAUUGUUGCAUAGUAUGUCGACAUUUUGCAUGUAUGACUGUGGCCUCAAAUAAACUAGCUGCUAUGUUUGUUGGGCCCUAUGUGCUGCUUUGUGCUCAUAGACGCAACCCAGCAGCACUGUAUGGAUGUUUAUCUUUGCUUUAUGGUCAGAUGUGUAACUGGAUUUGGGAUGGGACUUAUUUAUCAUUCAUAACUGCUGAACACAACAAAAGGGCUUCACAUUUUAUUCCAUCUGCUAAAUGCCAAUAUGAAGGCAUAUACUUGUGUCUGUAACUUGAGCUGUUGAAUGGAUCUGACAGAACUUUCUGUGUACUUCAGCUGGGGAACCAUAUCACAUUUGAGCCAGUUGAUGUUAUGCUGUAUCAGCGAUACUGAUGUUAGAAAAUGCCACACUGCCUCACUGUUACUGCAACAGAAUAAAGAAUAUGUUAAUGUGAUGUAUGUAUUUCAAAUAACACUUCAGAACAGUCAAACUGAAACGGGUCAGUUUGAUCUUUCAUAAUUGACACAUCUAUAUCUGUAUAUGAAUCUAUCUAAAGGCAAUGUUGAGUUUAAGAUGAGCUGUUAUCUCUAGCAAUGACAUCAAACUGCAAUCUACUUGUUCUCUCUGCUACAUUGUGUGGAUAGUAACUUAUGUGUUUGUGAACUCUUUGUACUACUGGACAUUUGUUUCAUAUUUGUAUUUAGUUUUGCUUUAUUAAAGGUUUUAAGAUUCCCUCUAUGCAAAGAAGUGCAAUGUUUAUAAACUCAGAAAUCUGACUACCCACCUGCGAGUUCUU